AUGAAUAACGAGACAAUAAAUGGAGAUAUUCGUUAUAUCAACUAUCGAUUCGAUCUGUUCACUAUUCCUGUGUUAACAACUUGUCUUCCUCUGGCUUAUUUGAUACCCACUAUUUUUGUUAUUAUCAAAAUAUUUCGGGUUUACGUGGAUAGCGUUGUGAUAAAGAAGAAUAAUGCUAUCAAUCCACAUGUCUUCUUUGUGAUUGUCCUUCAAUUGACUUUGAGCUUUUUCUACAUGCUCGCCGACUAUUCAACAAUUCGAAUCCCUGCAACCGGUAUUAUCACAUCCUGGUGUGCCUCUGUACAGCCCAACCAUUUCCUGAAAAUUCUCUAUUUUUCAUCUGUCUAUUUCAACUAUACCGCAAUGAUGAUGCCUAGCCUGUUAUCCGUUCUGCGAGUGAUUCCUGUUUAUAAUCCGAUCAAUCUUGAUUCGAUUUGCCAAAAAAUAGUCCGCGUUUCCAUUCCAAUUAUUGUCCUGUACCCAUUUCUUUUCUGUUCCCCAUUGAUACCGGCUAUUGGGGAUUGUCGACAACUGUUAGGAACGUAUCAGUUUGGACAGAUCUAUUUCUAUUGGACAGGCUCAUGGUUCGGUUGGCGCAUGGCUGAAACUUUAAUUCUAAACUCCAUCUUCUGGCUGGCAACCUGUCUAAUUUCCAACUUGAUUCUUUACAAAAAAAUCAAGAAGCUUCAAAUAAAACGAGAGAGUGCCAAGCUUCGAAAAGCGGAACGGUCACUAACCCUCAUCACAAUUUCAAUGUUCCCAGCUUAUAUCACUAACUUUGUACUUGUGUUCGUCUUCAUCUUCUGGCCCACUGCAUCUGCCUACUUCCUAGCACUGCGGCCUUAUGGAAGUGACUGUGACUUUGUAUUCGUUCCCUGGAUAUUCUACAUGACUCAUCCUAUUUUCAAACAACAGAAAGUGACGCCGUUGGGAGCACAAAGAGUGGUGUUAGAGAGGACGAACACGAUAGUUUGA